AGACGGGCUGCCACAGAGGCAUUGCAGACAGCGCGUUUGGGAGGUGUAGUGGAAGAAAGGCAAAGAAACGGAGUAAAUGAGAGCACUUUUGUCCAGAUUGUUGAAGGACUUAUCAACUUAAUACACCGCCGAAACAGCUCACUAUAAUGAGACGGACACAUUGUUGAAUUCCUGUCCAGGUAAAUGUCCGCGUUUCCUUCGCAUGGUUAACUACAAGAGGUCGACAGCUAGACAGGGUAACCACCAUUGAGAAGGCGGCUGUGAACCCCAGGACCUCGUCUCCAGGCUCCAGCAAAGAGCCCUGUGAAGAAAACUUGGGAAACUAAGCUGUGUCUCUCCCUGCGGGAAACCUGGAUCCUCCACCCUGCCCACCAACAUGACCAAUGUGGUGAUUGUCAAGGAGGGGUGGCUGCAUAAAAGAGGAGAAUACAUCAAGACCUGGAGGCCGAGGUAUUUUCUCCUGAAGAGUGAUGGUACAUUCAUUGGCUACAAAGAGCGACCGCAAGAUGUUGACCAGCUGGAAACCCCCUUAAAUAACUUCUCUGUCGCACAGUGCCAGCUGAUGAAGACGGAACGGCCCAAGCCCAACACAUUCAUCAUCCGCUGCCUGCAGUGGACCACUGUCAUCGAGCGCACCUUCCACGUGGAGACCCCCGAGGAGAGGGAAGAAUGGACUAAAGCCAUCCAAGCUGUGGCUGAAGGCCUCCAGAAACAAGAGGAGGAGAUGAUGGACUCCUCUCCGGACCCCAUGGACAUGGAGGUCUACCUGACCAAACCCAGACAGAAAGUGACUAUGCACGACUUUGAAUACCUCAAACUCCUGGGAAAAGGCACUUUUGGCAAAGUUAUCCUGGUAAAGGAGAAGGCCACAGGACGCUACUACGCCAUGAAGAUCCUGAAGAAGGAGGUGAUCGUAGCAAAAGAUGAAGUGGCACACACACUCACAGAGAACAGAGUCCUCCAGAAUUCAAAGCAUCCGUUCUUGACAGGACUGAAAUACUCCUUCCAGACACAUGACCGCUUGUGCUUUGUCAUGGAGUAUGCAAACGGCGGCGAGCUUUUCUUCCACCUGUCAAGGGAUCGUGUAUUCUCUGAGGAGCGGGCGCGAUUCUACGGCGCAGAGAUUGUGUCAGCACUGGACUACCUGCAUGCUGAGAGAAACGUGGUGUAUCGAGAUCUUAAGCUGGAAAACCUUAUGCUGGACAAAGACGGACACAUAAAGAUCACAGAUUUCGGCCUGUGUAAGGAGGGGAUCAAAGAUGGCGCCACUAUGAAGACUUUCUGUGGGACGCCAGAAUACCUGGCACCUGAGGUGCUGGAAGACAAUGACUACGGCCGCGCUGUGGACUGGUGGGGUCUGGGGGUGGUGAUGUACGAGAUGAUGUGCGGCAGACUGCCUUUCUACAACCAGGACCACGAGAAGCUGUUCGAGCUCAUCCUCAUGGAAGACAUUCGCUUUCCUCGGACACUCGGGCCCGAGGCUCGCUCGCUGCUCUCUGGCCUCCUUAAGAAGGAACCCAUGCAGAGGUUAGGUGGCGGGCCUGACGAUGCCAAGGAAAUCAUGCAGCACAAGUUCUUUGCAGCAAUUGAAUGGCAAGACGUUUAUGAGAAGAAGCUGGUCCCGCCCUUUAAGCCCCAAGUUACCUCGGAGACGGACACACGAUAUUUUGACGAGGAGUUCACAGCACAGACCAUCACUAUUACGCCACCCGGACAAGAUGACAGUAUGGAGUCGUUUGACAGCGAGCGGAGACCCCACUUCCCCCAGUUCUCCUACUCUGCCAGUGGGACGGCCUGAAGCGACUAUCAUACGUUCACCUGGUCCCACCGCCUCCCCUUACCCCCACCCGACUGCACUCUCUAAAGACCGGGGCCCCAGCCCCAUCCUCCCUGCAUUGUCUGCAAGAUGCCGUCGGUGGAUGUAACAUUUCAAAUCUGCAAGUUGUGUUUUCCAGGAAGGAGGAAAUUCAAGACAAAACAAAGAUCACUGUGGUUGUUCUGUGAGGCCUUUGAAGACUGACCACGAGAGAUUUUAACACUACCCUGCAUCUCCUAGUUGUUAUGUUGUAUACUGAGCAGGCAUCCAUACACCAUAAUGAUUGGGGAAAUGUAGUCAUGUUAUGCACAAAUUAGGCCACUGAUGUGAAUUUUUGUAAUAAAAAUAUACAACUGAAUAUGAAUCAACCAUUUCACACAGAAAACAGGCAGACUGCGGACCAAAAAAGAUCACGUGAGCAGAGAGUGUGUUUUGUCGAGUGGGUAAUAAAUCCAUGUUUUCCUCUCUAAGACUUCUGAACAAUUCAAGUACCAUUAAGACUUCUGAGACAUUUUUUAGGCUUCAAAAGUGAAUGUACUGUAUCAAAUAAAGUCAACAUUUCUUCAUACUUA